AUGGGCAGCGGCGACAUACCGGUCGUCGACGCACGGAACCCCCCAGCGAGCGCGCCGCUCCCUGGGCAAGGGCCGAUACCUCCUCACAGAAGCGAGGCGCGUGCUUGGGAGGCGGCUCUGCAGGCCAGCGACGCGCUCGAUGCGGUGCACGACGCCUUGUUUGUUGUGGAGGAGAUGCGGCAGGAGCAUGCGGCGCUGUGGGACGCGCCCCGCGCGCGCGAGGCGGGCCGCAGCAAUACAAGCACGCUGCUCCUCUCGCUGGACGAGGCGGUGGGGCGUCUGGUCGCCGCGCAAGGGCUCUGUACCGGGCGUAUGGACCAGGCGCGCGCGCUCGAUCUUGACGCGGACCUUGCGGCGCAGUGGGCGGCGGUCCAUGCGCAUGUCGGUGCGGCGCUUGCCGAGCUGCGGACUGACUGCCUGCUGAUUGUGCUGCACGACGUGUGUGCGCAGGCACACCGUCUUAUGGAUAGCCUAGAAAGUGCCUUGGCCCAGAACACGGGAUCCGACGAGGCAGGCCGCGUGUUUGAGACGCGGCGUGCGCACUAUGUGCCUGCGUGCCGCCGCGUGCUCACUGUGCUGACGACGACCGCGCCUGCGUGCACCGCGCCGCGUCCCCACGUCCAGCCGCACGUCGACGCGGUGCAUGCGCGGUGGGCGGCCUUGGAGCCCCGCCUCGACGCGCCGCCGCCCGAUUUGGCGCACGCGAUGCAGACGCUCUCGCUCACGACGCCGCGGCGCCCCCGCGAGAAGCGGCGUGCGCGCGACUCGGACGUCGAGCGCCGCUGGUCGGCCGGGACGCCGAGCAAGCUGCCGCGGACGCCGACGCACGUCCCGCCCGUCCCGCCGCUGCCCCACGGCGUGCGCACCGAGCCGCGCAUGGGCCGCAGCGUGAGUGCGGCGGUGCCGCCACGCGCCCCGCGCGCCGCGGACGCGGUGCCCGAGCGCCCCCGGCCCGGCUCGGUGCUCGAGACACGCUCGCCGAGCACGCCCGGCAUCGGCAAGCUGCGGCGGCGCGAGUCGAUGCUCCCCCGGCUUACGACGCCGAGCGACGACCGCCCGCCGACGCCCGGCAGCCGCCUCCCCCGCACGCCCGGCGGGCUGCGGCAUCGCGCGUCGAGCGCGCACUUGCGCGGAAGCGACUCGCCGAGCGUCGGCCGCGCGACGCGGCGCUACCAGCCCAGUCCGUACGACGCGCUGGAUAUCGGCGUCGCGCGUAUCUGCAACGCGCGGCAGCUCGCGGUCGAGCACGUCGACGGCGGCCCCGACGACGAGUACCACCGCUAUACCCUCUUGUCGAAAACCCACCGUCCGGACGAUGCCCAGCAGGUCGACCCCCGCAAGAUCCACGUUCGUGUCGGCGGAGGCUGGCGCGAGCUCGCGCAGUGGAUCGACGCGCAUGCGCUCUAA